CCGUAAUUGACCGCCACCCGUGAGCAAAUCGUUCGCUCGUUCUCGCUCUGUCGAUCGAGUUCAGUGGAAGCCAUUUUAUUCUUGUGAAUGUGACAAAAUAUUCUUUGAUAUAUCUCGAAUUCGAACUAAUUGUGUCAAUGUGUGCCUACAAGUGUUAUUUGUGACGUGACAAAUAUUUUAAGAGUUAGAAUGUACGUGUUUAAAAUCGGGUUGUGUUGACCUGCCCGUUUUUUACGCGGACGUUUAAGGCAGGCAUCGAUUAGUGCAAAAGGCAGUCCUUAUAACGGCGACUAGAGUCAGUGGAAUAGUCUAGUGGGGUGCGCCAUGGGCAACAAUGCUGCCACCGCUAACAAAAAGGUGGAUGCCGCCGAAAGCGUCAAGGAAUUUCUUGACCAGGCGAAAGAAGACUUCGAGGAGAAAUGGAAGAAGAAUCCUACCAACACCGCCGGAUUGAAUGACUUUGAGCGAAUAAAAACACUCGGUACGGGAUCAUUCGGCCGAGUUAUGAUAGUGCAACAUAAACCAACAAAAGAAUAUUAUGCUAUGAAAAUAUUAGAUAAGCAGAAAGUAGUGAAAUUGAAGCAAGUGGAGCAUACGCUCAACGAGAAACGUAUCUUACAGGCAAUUAAUUUUCCAUUUCUUGUGAGUCUUAAAUUUCAUUUUAAAGAUAACUCGAACCUGUACAUGGUAUUGGAAUAUGUCCCUGGUGGGGAAAUGUUCUCUCACCUGCGGAAGGUUGGAAGAUUUUCUGAACCCCAUUCACGGUUCUAUGCAGCCCAGAUAGUUCUAGCCUUCGAGUACCUUCACUACCUAGAUCUUAUUUACAGAGAUCUUAAACCCGAAAAUCUAUUGAUAGACUCGCAAGGCUAUCUCAAAGUGACAGAUUUUGGUUUCGCAAAACGCGUUAAAGGCCGUACGUGGACACUUUGCGGCACACCAGAGUAUCUCGCGCCUGAGAUAAUUCUGUCCAAAGGAUAUAAUAAAGCUGUAGAUUGGUGGGCGCUGGGCGUACUCGUCUACGAAAUGGCUGCGGGCUAUCCACCGUUCUUUGCCGAUCAACCUAUACAGAUUUACGAAAAAAUUGUAUCAGGUAAGGUCCGUUUCCCUUCACAUUUUGGAUCUGACCUGAAAGAUCUCCUGCGCAAUCUCCUGCAAGUAGACUUGACUAAGCGUUAUGGCAAUCUCAAAGCGGGUGUGAAUGACAUUAAAGGACACAAGUGGUUCGCUAGCACUGAUUGGAUUGCGGUUUUCCAAAAGAAAAUCGAAGCGCCUUUCAUCCCGCGCUGCAAAGGCCCCGGUGAUACCAGCAACUUUGAUGACUACGAGGAGGAGGCAUUGCGUAUCUCAUCGACGGAGAAGUGUGCGAAGGAGUUUGCGGAGUUCUGAGCUCUCGAUCGGAACCUGCGUGCGGUUACAUCCGUGAGUAGGAAAUAUUGUAUUAGUGAAUCUUCCGUGGCGUUGUUCACGGGAAGUCGCAGUGCAUCUUUUGUGCAGCUUUGGGUGUACAGAGACAUUAGAGCCCCCGGUUGCCUGAGGUGUAUCAACUUGGAGUGUAGGUGAAAUGUUUGUAGAAUUGGUUCUGAUAUUCUUGUGGCAUUCAUUUGCUUAGUGCCCUUUCAAUUUUUAAUUAUAAAGAUCCAGGGGUCGUAGCUCCAAUUCUAGUGAUAUUCAGAGCGUACUACUGAUAGUAUAGACGUGUCAUCUGUAUACUAAGUGUUUUUUAUUUUCUAAUAUGUAGUUUGCCUUUGAUAGCAUUGGGAUGUGGUGAGCUUUACACAUUUUUAUUUAAUCAAAACAAGGAUUGGUCGGAUUUUUCUUGAUGCUUAUUUAGAUUUGUAGUUCUUCACAUAUAUUCUCGUCACUAUAAAUAUUUAAUGCAUCAGAUAUAAGUUGCUAACUGGAUUUAAGAAGUAUAGCAUAAAAUGGUACUUUAAAUUGUUAGAGAUGCCGCCAUCAUAUAAAUAGUAAUGAGUACCAAAUGAAUAUAAUAUAUCUCCUCACUCUACUUAUGUAUUGCAGUUGUUUAAAGAAAAUAAUAAUAUUUACAAUUGAUAAGGCAAAUCUAGUUAUUUAAAUGUCACGUCUAGGUAUUAUUAACUCGAUGCGGUGUUAUAUUGUGAAAGUUUUAUGUUUGACGUUUUGUUAUUGGUUUUAUUUAAAAUAUAAAUAUUGUUAAAUCAGUUGAUAUUUUAAUUAAGGAAGUAACUAACAACAACAGAUAAUGGAAGAGAUUAAUUUAUUAUAUUAUAAAUUUAGUUAUUAUUUGUGCAAUUUCAACCUGUGUUUGUGAUCUGAGGCGAUGUUUUGUUUGAGAUUUAUGUGUAAGUGUAUAGUUCCUUAUUUGGUAGUUUUAUGUGUUUAAUAUAUUUGUAAUGGCAAUGUUUAAACAAAACAAACGCACUGGAGUCCAAAUGUUACCAUAACAUGUUGUUACUAUCGAUGACAUCAGUAUGCACCCUCAAAAAAGACAGUUGAGUUUUUCAUUCAUUAAUCUUAACAGAAUCGUCAACAUAUGUAUAUGUAGGGAAAACUUGAAACUGUGUGUUAAACAGUUAAAAACUAGUAGUACAUUUAUGUAUAACAUCACAUUCUACAGCCACUGAUGUAGUCGAUCUGUAAACAGUGUUGAUUGUGGGUGAUAAAUGGUAUUCAGAUGUUGGGGUAGCGUCGGUCACUUGGCAGUUUACAAUAAAUUUUGUUAGCUUAGAUGUAGGACUUUGAAUUUGGGCUGUACAAAUUAUUGAACUUAGUUAUUUGUAGAGAGUUUUUACAUUGUGCGCAUAUGUGGUUAUAGUCAUUAGAUUUAAUAUCACAGGACUGUCUGAUUGGGCGGUUCUGCACUAACAUUAAAUUUAAAAAAAAAAAACUUCAUUAAAAUUGCACUUAAGUAAAAAAAAAAAAAUUGUUUUGUUUGAUAUAAAUCCACUAUAGAUUUAUUGGAUAACGCUAAAUCAUAUCAAGCUGUAAACGUAAAGAGUAAUAAUUCUAAAUUAUAUAUUAAUAGUGUCUGUGAACUUAGUCUUAGUCUUAAUGAUGCUUUUCUUCAAACUAAAUGACAUUCUCUGCAUUGUAGACAUAAAUUUGAUGUGUGUAAUAUUUUCUUUAUUGUAAUUGAAAACAAUGUCUUGUGGUGAUGCCGAUGUAGGAUAGAAUGUUUUUUUUUUUUAUAUGUCCAUUGUUUUGUUUUACCCCAAAAGGCUUUCUAAUGUUUGGUGCCAUAUUGAUUUGAGAGAGCCUCGAGCAUGUUAAAUAUUUCUAUAAUAUGUUAUAUGUACCUUGUCAUGCAUUAUCGGCUUGUUUUGUUACAGUAUUAAGUUAUGAAAACACCUUGGUGUCUUAGGACUCGAAUUAGUAUUAAGGUAAUAAAAUCACAUUGUAUCGACAUUUGAGAUGUUUAAUAUGUGUCUGUACAGUUUAUAGUAUGUAAAACUGAAACAAAAAGUUAUAAAUUUAAUGCUACUGAAAUUUUUAUUUAUGCUUUGAAUUUCUCAAGAUGCUGUAAGGCAAGUUACACAUUAUAUUACUUGGACACCAUAGCUUAUACUAAGUUUAAUUGACCGCACCCAGCUUAAUGUCACAGGUUCACCAUUGGGACAUUGUUUGUCAAGUUCAUCUUUUAUAAGAUCAUGUUGAAUUUACGCCUUUAUUGUUCCAUUUGAGUGGCAAAUGAUUAUAUAAAAAAAAUUAAUUAAAGAUGUAUAUCUUUCAUAUAACAUUGUAUAUAACUAGAGUGAUUGUGUCCCUAGUAAUGUUAGGAGUUUCUACAUCUGCUUGAUAUCCGCAGUGCUCUCCUUUUAACCCAGUGGCUGUUCUAACGUGAACAUUUUAAGACCAAUAUUGAAAAUGUGUGGCAGUAUGUGUAGUUGCGAGCUGUCUUUUUUAUAUCUGUUCACUUUUAGACCUAUUAUAUCGAGUGCCUAUAGCAUUGAAGAGUUCAAGUGUAAAAAGUCAGUUAAUUUCAGUAAUUAUUUGUCACCAUGUAUUGAUCUUCCAUAAGAUUACGAUGAAAUUAAAAAUAUCGAUGUAAAAUUAA